GUCAGCUUCCACAGUGAAGCGCCGGCUUCGGCUUCCACGGCAGCACCUGCAGCUCCGACACAAGAGAGCUGGACCUCUCCCACCACUGCUCCAACCGCUCCACCAGCCCUGCGGAAACCCGAACCGCCGGCACCGCCGCCGGCACCGCCGCCGCGUGUGGCACCCGCAGCGCCAACUGCAGCGGUUCAGUUUGCUCAGCAGAAGAAAUUGAAACUGGCCUUUGCCCGCUUCCCAAAGACUGGAAGCCGUUAUGCCAUCCAGAAGUUCCGCACGGUCGUGGGGAAGGACUUGCUGGUGGUGCCGGAGGCCAGUGCCCUACAUUCGCAGUACUUACCCGAAUCCUUCGUCGUGGGCUCGGUGCGGAAUCCCUGCGAGUCGUAUCUGAGCUUAUGGGCCUUCCAAUCGGACCCCAUGCGACACGCUGGGCUCAUGUACGACCUGCGGCGCAAGAGUCCCAAGGACUACCUGCGCUUGGUCGGAUUGGAUGCAGCCUCCAACUUCACCAGCCAGCAGGACGUGCAGCGCUUCCGCGACUGGAUCCGAUUUCUGGCCCACGGAAGCGUGAAGAUCGGGCUGUUGAGUGGACGGUUCUAUGGCAAGUACAUCUCCCGGGAUCCAAAGUUGAACAUCCGGGACAAUGCCAUGCUGGUGAAAGAGGUUGAUCCAACGGAGGCUCAGGAGAUGGUGAAAGCUUUGCAGCAGAUGGAUGUUGAUCAGCUGGUGAACUGUUGGCUUCACACCGAGACCAUGGAUGAGGAUUUGAGGCGUUGCUUAGACCGUUUCAGUGCGGAGCGCGGUGCGGCGCGUGGCGCAGUGAAGCUCGAUCAGCUGGAGGCGACGGAUGGCUCGCACGGCGAAUCGCACCACGGCCGCUGCGAAGUCUUCUUCGACGCCGAGACGGAGGCGCUGGUCCGCGAACUGGAUGGCCCGCUCUUCACGAAGUUCGGCUACCAGACCUGCUGCGUGAAGACCCCGACGGUCUCGACAACCACGGCGGUCGUGACAGCCACGGCGGCGCCUGUUUCAGGCACCUCGUCCUCAGCGCCGUCCUCGUCGCCUUCUCCCUGGUCCUGGGGCGAUCCCUUCGCCACGGCCGACGGCCGUCCGUCUGGACGCCACUCGGGCGCCUCGACCUGGCCGGCGAAGGUGGGGCCUUGCGAGCGCGAGGUCUCCGGGCCCAACGAGCGGUCCUUGGGCACGGCACAGAUGCUCACACUGCCGACGAUCCGAAUGGCACUGGAUGAAGAGAUUCUGCAGUGCCUCUCACAGAUGGCGGACGGCAGGCUGAGUGGCGAGACACGGAAGGCAGCACAGGCGAUGAUGUACCAAUGCAUUUUGUCAGGCUUGCCGCGUUCCUGUGGCUUCUUAGCCCAGCGUCUCAACUAUUCUCCUGUGGAGCCUUUGAGUUUGGAGGAUGUCACGGAGAUCAUGACCGGCAACAAGAGGAGGAGAGGGAAGGGAUUGUCCGUCUUCCAGUUGACAGGCUUCACGGGACGUUGGACCCAUGCAGUGGGGAAGAAUCUGGUUCAGCUGGCCGUGUGGAUGGGCCACGCCGACUUGGUCAAUGCCAUCCUCCCUACCAGUCGGCAUGGUGAGCCCAUCGACACACGACAGCGGACCGUCCUGGACUACGUGAGUGCUCCCGGCAGCCCCGUCUACAACUGGCCCUGGUCUUCCGCGCUGGGCGCCGCCGUGGGCGCCGCGCGCCACCGCACUGCGCGGCCGCCGCCGACGGGGCGGCUCACGUGCAAUGGCGAGUCCUUCCCGGAGCUCUCCUUGGGCUGGACCGAGGAGACCGCUUGGGACCACUACUACGCCUGUGAUUUCGAAGUGGUCGACAGCCUGACACAGCAAGACUUCGAGGAUAAGUUUCGGGACUUGGGGCGCCCCGUGCUGGUGCGCAACUGGGCGAGCGUGGACGAUCGAUGCAAGUUGCAGAAGCAGAAGGUCUUACAGGCCUACGCCACGAAGCGCUUCAACUUGGGCCCCAUCGCUUAUCCGAACCUCAUCGGCGCCAAGCCCUGCGAGAAGCAGUUCACGGUGGAGGAGGCCGAGAAGGGCGCCAAGUGCGAGCAGCAUGGGAACACCUCCAACUAUCACGCCUCGCAUGACCCAGGCAUCCUCACCGACGACCUCACCUUGUCGCCCACCUUUCAAAAGGUCAAGGAGUUGCUUCCGCGCAUCAACCGUUUGUCCAAGCAAUACUUCUGGGGCGGCGACCAGUCCGGGGCAGCCCUCCACUACCACGUGAGCGCCUUCAAUGCGCUCUUCAUCGGUGAGAAGGAGUGGUAUGUGACGCCGCCUUACCUGGCAGCACGCAGUGGCAUUUCCACCUAUGAGCUCUUCCACCGGCCCGGGAUCAACGAGCAGCAUCUCUUCCGCUGCACACAAUAUGCGGGGGAUUUAGUCUUACUGCCGGAUGGUUGGGGCCACGCGACCUUGAACCAUGGCUUCGGUGUGGGUAUCGGCGUGCUCUACGACGAGAACGCGACGUGCAAAUAUCGCCUUCUGAAUGGCACUGUUUUGGUGGUGAAUGGCGCGGUCACAGCAGGCAAUGUCCACCAUGGUCUGAAGCUUAAGAUCGGGGAUCCGAGAGGGCCACCGGACCUGGUGGUUCGCGGGAGCCAAGAACUCCCGGCUGAGAUUCCCCGCCGCCACCGCUUCGCUCAGUUCCUGGCCGAACGCAAGGCCGAGGCGGAGCUGCCCGCGGUCUCCGAGGAUUCCACCAGCGAGGGAGAGAGUCGCGACUCUGAAGGUGUGAAGGAGAUCCUUGAGGAGAAGGUUGAGACGGUGGAGAUCGAAAAGAUGGAAGAGAAAGAGCCUACUGAGGAAGAGAAGGAGGCCUUCCGUGCCUACGAGGCCAAGUUCGCCGAGGACCGGGACGGCGCUUACCGAGGCUACAACAGGAAGGCGUUCCCCUGGUUCACGCCCAAGUCGCGCGGGGAGGUGGCGCAGCAGGACUUCUUGACCAAAGAGAUGGCGGUGCCAGCGCCCAACCGUGGCAUUCGUAAGGCUAAGAAGGACAGCGAGGUAGACUCCGAUGGGGAGGAGGUCCACCUUUGCUGCCAGUGUGGCCUUCCGGUUGGGGAGACCGCUUACAGACCCGAGGAGAAGGAUCAUCGACUUGUGCAUGCCGAGUGCAUGGCGCAGAUCGUGCUCCAGGAUGCACAGGAGAAGGACGAGAAGAACGCCGAGGAGCAGAGGCAGAAGAAGUUGGAGAACCGCCUCGAAUAUCAGAUUGGAUGGCGCCACGAGAGCGUGCCCAAGAACAGCAUCAUCGCUGCCAAGCUGGGCUGCGAACCAGUGCCACAGGGCCUUUGCAGCUUGGUUCUGGAUGAGGCGUCUCGCACGGUGCGGAUCGCCUCGACCUUGGAGCCUUCAGCGUCGGUGAAUUUGGAGUACCUCAUGCUCGCACUCAAGGUGCGACGCACCGCCUGCAGGGAGCCUUUGUUCUCAUUGGAUCCUGUUGAUCCUCAAAACUUGGAGAAGACUCCGCAAAUGAAACGUUACGAGCCCGCUUGGUUGGCCGGGACGAGUGUGGGCGACAUCAUGUUCCAGGCGGACUACUUUUUGAAAGAGUUGGCCCUGGGCGAGUACACCAUGCCUGUGGUGGGCAUGAUGAGCGUCUUCGAUUGGUCGGAGAUGAUGGACUCCACCUCCGCCUGGGCCGGGCGCGAGUGGUUCGUGGUGCGCAAGGCCGAGGUCCGCCUGUCCGAGGACAAGACCCUGAUUCCCUUUGUGAAGAUGGGCGUUGAGGCGAGAGAGCAGGUCGUGACCGGCAAAGGCUUGGAGGACAAGGCCAUCACUAGCAAGAAUCAUCCUCUUACCAGGUUCGCGGACGCCUUCUCGCGGCACUUCGACCUCAUCGCCGAGCGCAAGAGCGUGAUCUUCCACCUCCGGGAGCUCGCCAAGGCCUCCGUGAUGGCGAAGUACUUGGUGGAUGCCAAGAUCUCCGUGGACCCGCGAUGGUAUGACAUUGCGGAUGAGCUGGUGAGCUCGACUGUGCCAGAGGCUCAUCCGGAGAUUCCACAGCUCUGGAACAUGCGUGGCAACUCCCGGAUCCAGCUGCAAGGUGGCAAGCUGCGUGACAUGCAGACCGGGCUCAAUAACAACCUCCAUGCCAUCUACGGUGGUGUGCAGUUUGGCCUUGACCGCUUCCAGCUGGCACAGCGACCCUCUUUGCCCACCGCUGGCAUGGUGCCAGGUGGUGCGCUGCCAGGAGCUGCCCUCACACAGCCUGCGCGCUUCGACAUCCAAGGGAUGCAGCUGGGCCCAACUGGCCGCCCCAUGUUCAUGCCUCAACGCUUCCAGCUCACGCAGAAGGACCAGCCACAAGGUGUGGACCUGGCCUUGGACAAGUUCGAUCUCAGCCAACCGGAGCGUUUUGCCUCCAACAUGCCGCCCUGCAGUGCUCCCUUCGACUCGGUCGAGGGCCGCAUCACCCUGGGCAAGGCCUUCUUGAAGUCUUUGACCGAGGGCUCCUAUGAUUCCCUGGGAGCGGAGCACGUCACGCUGCUCAAGCAGGUCUUCAACCCCGUCCUCGCCGAUAGGAUUAGUGAGGGCACUGCUUUCGUGCCUCCUGACCCCAACUUGGACUACGUGCAGAAAUUGCGGAACUUGGUUCAGGAGGAAACCGCUCUGGGAAAGCAGAGGAAGGCUCGCUUCAGCGACAAAAACUUCACCGUAGGAAUGGCGGGCAACGAGUUCCCACGGAGUUGGACCUCACGGUUCCAGCUCUUCCGCGAAGGCCGCGCGCAUGUGGGCAAGCCUAGUCUGGUGAACCUGCAGGUGGAUGAGGUCUUCAAGCGCAGCUUGUUGGAAGACAUCUUGCCCACCUCCGCCCCGGAGUUCAUGCAGAGCACCGAGGAUGGCAUCGUCUUCCGCAUCUAUCGGCUCGGACGCUUGGAGGUCCGUACGGCACAGGCACCGAACUCAGAGGAGCAAGAGAUUCUCUCGGUGUUCUCCCAGCGGCCUGUGACCGAGAUGGCACCAGGCAAGAUGAAGGCCGUUUCCCAGGAUGAGAAGUUCAUCAAAGGGCGCCUUUACGUGGAGGCAAUCGAGGGAGAUCACAAGGAUGCGGCCAAGCAGCUGCAUUUGUGCCACUUCUACGUCGUUCUUGAGACGAAGAGCGGGCACACCAUCCUCACUGAGAAGUUGGCGGAUGGAAGCACCACUUGGGUGGUGAACCCCAAUUGCUUGGAAGAUCGCAAUUCCUUGGCGAAGCUCAUGGUUUGCUUGGACAUCCGAAUGGAGAAGGCCACCGUGCGAAACCUGCAAAUCACCCAAGAGAGCCAUUCCAUCAAGAAGCCUGCGUCGACCUCGGAGCGGAAACGCUACGCCCGAGAGAUCUUCUCCUUGGUCUCUCCGAGGAGUUUGGAGAUCACCGGUGGCAGGCGCUUCCUCGGACGAGCGUAUCCUUAUCCCAGCAGCUCCAAGCGGUCCAGCGAGUUCAGGUCGGAGUAUCGCUUCACCCUGAGUCCUGCCGUUCGGGGACUCGGUCCGGGCCGGAGCGUGGAAGAUCUGACACCACCGACCAUCACAGUGGUGAGCAUGUACGGCAUCUCAGAGAACGUGAUCCGCGUGACCAUUCGCCUAGAUGAUUCGGGCACCACGUAUUGCCGAGCCUACGACAGCAGCACCUUCACUCCGGUGUCGCAGGGCGGUACGGAUGUGCCGACCUUGACGGAUUGCACCGCGUGUCUCCUCGCGAUCAACACGGGCUCAGGCACCAACUUCAUGGGCACGUCCACCUACGACUCCACCAAAGGCUACGCCCAACAUGAGGUGGACAUUAGUGGCCUCGCGGCGAAGACCUUCUACUGGGUCUAUUGCUAUUCCCACGACGAUGAGAUUCCCACGGUGAACGUCGCGACGUCUUCGCAGAUGUUGGCCACCGAGCGUCAGGUGAGGACGUUGGACACCACGGCGCCCAGCUUCGGCACGUUCACCUGCGCAGAGACGCCGGCCACCGAGGAUAGCAUCACGGUGACCUUGAGUUUGAAUGAAGCUGGUCGGGCCUACUGCAAGGUGGUGAACACCGGCUUCGAUCCGCCCACGCCCAACGCCGUCAUCGCCGAAGGUUUCUACAUGGACGUCACCACCACGAGCGAUUUCACCAUCAUUGUGAAUCAGAUCACCACGGGCUUAGGCUCCACAGGGAUGGAAUCGCUCCAUGCGAAGUGGGACUACGAUGUCUACUGCUGGGCACAGGAUGCUGAAGGCUAUCCCUACUACGGCCCCAAUGGCAUGGUCGCAGCCGAGGCUUGUCCUUCCAAUCCGGUGACGACGUUGGAUUUGACCCGACCCUCUUUACGCUUCAUCAUGGCGGAAUCCAUCUCCAGUAGCCAGAUCAUCAUCACCCUGCAGGUGGAUGAAGGAGCCAAGGCGAGGAAAAUGGUGAUCAAGGAGUUCCAUCCAAGCACCCAGCAGCCGUCGGCGUUGGGCCGGCGUGGCGCCAUGGGCUGCUUUCGGAAUGUGGGCGUGAAAGUGCGGGGAGCUGGUCGUCCGCGCUUCCUAUUGCUGGUCUUCAGCCUUAGCCUUGGGUAUCACUGGUGCUUUGCCGCACCGACCGCUCCACCACGUGGAUCCUUGACCGGGCGGAUCGCAGACGCCUCCGGAACCGCGCGACCCCACGUGGCUUUCCGCGCGUCCGGGAGCGGUGAGGCCAGCGCCGCGAGCGCUAGCGUGAGUGAUGCAGGAAUCAACUUGGCAAAGAACCUGGUGGGUUCCGGCAUCCUCAGCUUGCCUGCCGGCAUCGCGGCCUUCGCUUCCUCGUCCUCCGCCCUCUGGGUCUCCUUGCUCUUGCUGGGCGGCUCCGCAGGGCUGAGUGCCUAUACCUUCUACCUCAUCGGCAAGGUGUGUCAAGAGACGGAGAGCGCCAGCUUCGGCGCCGCCUGGGAGAAGUCGGUCCAGUCGGGCAAAUGGAUCCCACAAUGGGUCUGCAUUCUUGAGUGUUUUGGUGGCGCCGUGGUCUAUGCCAUGGUUUUGGGCGACGUCUUCUCUUCCUCCUUUCAGAACCUGCCGGUGCCAGCAGUCUUGACCAGCAGGUCGGGCGUGAUCCUCUUGGUCUCCGCUCUGGUGCUGUACCCCCUGUGCUGCUUGCGUUCGUUCGCCCAGCUGGCCAAGUUCUCCUUGCUGGGCACUUUAGCCACCAGCUACGUGGUGCUUUUUGUGGUGAAGCGUUUUCUCGAUGGUAGCUAUGCAGCUGGCGGCCAGUUCUUCAAAGCUGCUGCACUGGCGACGAGUGCGCACACCUCGAUCUUCAAUCCACAGAUGUUAGUCCUGGUGGCCUUGCUCUCGACCGCCUUCUUGGUCCAUUUCAACGCGCCGCAGUUCUUCGUGGAGCUUCCUCCAGCGAAGCCCACCAGUGAGGAGAAGCAACAGAAGCUCAAGGACUUCAGCAAGGUGUCGCUGAUCGGCUUUGGGAUUGCUUCUCUCCAAUAUGCCCUGGUAAUGUGCUUUGGCUUCUUGACCUUCGGCCAGGCCGUCAGCGGGAAUGUGCUCCUGAACUACGAUGCGGCGGACCCUUGGGCGACGGUGGCACGCUUGGCGGUGGGCGUCUCCAUGCUCUUCGGGUACCCCAUGCAGUUCGCAGGCUUCCGCGAUGGCUUGCUGGAGCUGGGCCACAUUGACCGCCUACCCACGGUCAAGCAUCGCCUGGUCACUGGCGCAUUGCUGGCAGUGGCCGUGGCGGUCGCGUGCUUCUUCCGGGAUUUGGGGCUGGUGCAGGCGGUGGAGGGUGCCCUUUUGGCAGCUUUCCUCGUUUUUCUGGCCGGUCCCAUCAUGGCUUUGAAGCUGCCCUUCGGCCGGGCGCCUCGUGCGCGGCGUGCCUUCCAAGCGCUCAUCGUGCUGGGUGUGAGCUUCAUGGGCAUUGGAUGUGCUGUGAACUUCGGCUUUCUCUGA